AUGCAAACAAAUAAAUCAUUAUCAAUAAUUAAUAUAUUUGAAAAUAAUAUGUAUCCUUCACAUAAAACUAACUAUUUUGAUUAUGAACCAUAUCUUAAUAGUAAUAAUACUUCAAUACAAACAACAAAUAGAACUCGUCGGUUUUUUUAUAUUGAUCUUGGAUGCUUUGAUGGUCGUGAUAUUGAUCAUUUUUUACAUUUUCAUAAAAAUGAAGCAUUAAGUUUAGGAAAUCUUUAUAUUAUUACAUUUGAACCUGAUCCAAUAAAUUAUCCUGUAUGUAAAUCAAGGCAAACGUUACCUAAAUCUGUUCAUAGAACAGUUUAUAAUGCUGCUGUUUGGAUUAAAAAUGAUAAAGUGAGAUAUGCAACUGAACGAGGACAAAAAUCUAGAGUUGAUAAAGAUUCUGCGAUAUAUGUUCAUUCAAUUGAUUUUUCUCAAUGGUUAAUAGACAAUUUUUCUCUUGAUGAUUAUCUGCAUGUGAAAUUUACAAUUGAAGGUGCUGAAAUAGAUGUUCUAGAAAAAAUGGUUAUUGAUCGAAGUCUAUCAUUGAUUGAUUAUCUUGAAAUUGAAUGGACUUCUCAUGAUUCACCUGAUUUGGAACCAAGACGUAUUGUACUUGAGAGUAUGUUUGAUGUUUUUGGAAUGGAUUUUCUUUAUAUAACUAAUCCUGUUGAUUUAAAACAUGCUCAUAAUCUUAAUGAUACGUACAUAGCAGUACCAAAAGAUAAAGCAUGGAAACUAAGGAAUCCUUUAACUCGUUUUCAUUAUAAAACUCGAAAAGAUGUAUCUGUGUUAUUAGCUGAACGAUUAAAACGUAAAAAACAACAAAUGAAAUCUUCUUAA